AUGGACGGCCCUUCUAGCAUCUUCAGCACCUUAUGGAGCAUCCUUCGGCACCUGUUUCUCUUAGUCUGGGUUGAGCCCUGGGCCAAGCCUCACAUCAACGGCGACACGGCGCCCGCCACCUAUGAAGAUUGGUACACCGGACAAUUCGAAUACGAUGCCAUCCAUGGAAUCGAUGAAUGGGUCAAGGUGGACCGUCACCGAAGCUACGACUGGCAGAUCCUCCGAACGUUGAAGCGAGACCUUGAACGAAGCCGGCGGAUGGGGGAUGAGAGAGGCUUGUGCAGUCAACUGAGAGCUCAAAGCUCCCGUAACAUGUGCCGCAUUCUAUCCCCCGCCUUGUACCGAAAGUCAAAGAUACAAACCAAACGACUUAUUCAUGACUAUGUGAUGGAGGUGCGCCACUGUAUCACCUACAUUGCGGAUCGGAACGCGGUCACCAACGGAGCUGGGGCUGGUCCCAUCGUCCCAGCCCAGGAGAAGCGGCAAGCAAUCAUUGACAUGCGGACUGCUCUUGGCCGCACGAGUCUGGUGCUUCAGGGGGGUGCCAUGAUCAGUAUGAGUCAUCUUGGAGUGGUUAAAGCACUUUAUCUGCAGCGGCUGCUGCCUCGGAUAAUCACAGGCACAUCAUCAGGAGCUCUGAUUGCAGCGCAUGUAUGCGUGACGAAAGACGAAGACCUUAUCGGCGUGUUGGAGGCCACCAAAAUCAACCUUGACGCCUUCCUUCGCUCCCGAGAAAGACGCGCUACAGGUGGGCUCAAGUCUUGGUUCAACUCUUCCUUCUUUGCAACAAUCAAACGACGGUACCAACGCUAUCGUAAAUCCCACCACGUGUUCGAUAUUGACGUGCUCCACGAGUGCACUCGAGACAACCUGGGAGAUAUAACGUUUGAAGAGGCAUAUGCAAAGACGGGAAGAAUCCUAAACAUAACCAUCGCCAUGUCUGAAGUGGUCGGAACACCACAACUGCUCAACUACUUGACGGCCCCUCACGUCCUUGUCCGAUCUGCGGUCGUGGCGUCCAUAGCGACUUCCAAGGCCAUGUAUGCUCCUGUUCACCUGCUGUGCAAGAGUGCUUCGGGCGAUAUUACCUUGUAUUUUGCUGCCGAUUUCUCAGAGAAGGGCUGCAAUCUGCACCGAAUAGCGACCGUCCACCCCGAAGCACCGCUGACACGGAUAGGCGAACUGUUCAACGUCAAUCACUUCAUUGUGUCUCAGUCCAGACCAUAUGUAGCUCCUUUCAUUCAGCUGCAGAGUUUUGCCGACCGUCACCAACCUCUUGGGAUCUUGGUUCGCUUCGUCCUGGACGAGAUGCUGCAUUGGCUGCAAGUUAUGAAUCACUUUGGUAUGCUUCCCACAAUCCUCCAGCGGGUCUUGAUGGACGAAGUCGUACCGACUCUCGCAUCCUGGUCAAAAGUAUCCAUUACACCGCAACUCGGGCUGUGGGAUUUCCUGAGCAUUUUCGACACUCCUACACCGGCUAAAUUGCAGAAAUGGAGUGCUCGAGGAGAGAAGUGUACGUGGCCGUACAUCUGUGAGCUAAAAGUCAGAUGUGACAUCGAGCUGGAACUCGAUGUGGCUUACACGAAUCUCCGCCGAAGAGGAGGGAUGGGAUCGGUUAUCAGACAUAGGGCAGACCCAUAG